CGCCAUCGGCCCCUCUGGCCAACACCAGUAGGCAAGUAGGGUAAAGUGUCUUGCCCAGGGACACAACGACCAGGACAGAGAGCCCAGGGAUCAAUGAACCUCCUUAAAUUAUUUAACAACCCUGUUAUGAGCAAGUCCUGAUAAUAAUGGAACAUGUUGGGUUUGGCUUUUUUGUAAAGGUAAAAACUGUCCUAUGAGUCAGUCUGAGGAAAAAGAUGAGGGACUGCUGCCCUCAAAUGAGGAACAUGGCAGCCAGGCAGACCUCGAGAGGACUAAGCAGGAACAUUCAAACUCAACUUCACAAAGCUGUGUAUCCAUGGAGAGCCAGAGAUCCAGGGAUUACCCGAUUAGUUUCAACCAACAAGAAUCAGCUACAGAGACUAAGCAGGAACAAUUAAACUCAACUUCACAAAGCUGUGUAUCCAUGGAGAGUCAGAGAUCCAGGGAUUACCCGAUUAGUUUCAACCAACAAGAAUCAGCUACAGAAGGUCACCAGACGGUGUCAGAGGGGUCCACCCAUCAUCAGACAGACCUGGCCUCCAUAUUUCUGGUUGUUGAGGAGAACAUUGUUACUUUUGUGAAAAAUGAGCUGAAUACAUUCUGUAAAUUGCUGAGUCCAGAUUACCCAAAAUGCUUGGAGAGUCAAGCUAAGGAGGAGGAGAUAAAUAAUAGUGAAGAUGAAGACCAGAUAUGGAGGAGCAGAGAGGCUUUUCUGAAAAUCACACUGCAGGUCAUGAGACGAAUGAAACAUGGAGAGCUGGCUGACUCUCUGCAAAACAGAGCUUCUGGGGCCAUGUGUCCAUAUAAACUAAAAUCAAGUCUAAAGAAGAAGUUUCAGUGUGUGUUUGAGGGGAUUGCCAAAGCAGGAAAUCCAACUCUUCUGAAUCAGAUCUACACAGAGCUCUAUAUCACAGAGGGGAGAUUUACAGAGGUCAACUCUGAGCAUGAAGUCAGACAGAUUGAAGCAGCAUCCAGGAAAUCAGAUGGAAUUGAACCAAAAAUCAAACAAGAAGACAUAUUUAAACCCUCUACUGAAAAAGAUGAACCAAUUGGAACAGUCAUGACAACGGGAGUGGCUGGCAUGGGGAAAACAGUUUUAACACAGAAGUUUGCUUUGGACUGGGCUGAAGGCAAAGUCAACCAGCAUAUCCAAUUCAUAUUUCUAUUUUCCUUCAGAGAGCUGAAUGUGCUGAGAGAGAAAAGGUUUAGUUUGGUGGAACUUGUUAAUCACUUCUUUCCUGAAAUGAAAGAAGAAGGAACCUGCAGGUUCCAGGAUUUUAGGGUUUUGUUUAUCUUUGAUGGUUUGGAUGAGUCUCGACUUUCACUGGACUUCCACAAAACUGAUAUCCUGACUGAUGUUACAGAGUCCACCUCAUUGGAUGUGCUACUGACAAACAUCAUAAGUGGAAAAUUGCUUUCCUCUGCUCGUGUCUGGAUAACCACACGACCUGCAGCAGCCAAUCAGAUCCCACCUGAGUACGUAGACAUGGUGACAGAGGUUAGAGGUUUCAGUGACAUGGAGAAGGAGGAAUAUUUCCACAAGAGAUUUAGUGAAGAAGAGCAGAGAAGCAGAAUUAUUUCCCAUAUCAAAAGGUCACGAAGCCUUCACAUCAUGUGCCACAUCCCUGUCUUCUGCUGGAUCUCUGCUACAGUUCUGGAGAAGGUAUUAAAAACAAAAGAAGGAGGCGAGCUGCCCAAGACCCUAACUGAGAUGUAUAUUCACUUUCUGGUGGUUCAGUGCAAACUGAAGAACAUCAAGUAUGAUGGAGGAGUUGUGACAGAUUCACACUGGACUCCAGAGACCAGAAAGAUGAUCGAGUCAUUGGCAGAACUGGCAUAUAAGCAGCUGCACAAAGGGAACCUGAUCUUUUAUGAAUCAGAUCUGACAGAGGGUGGCAUUGAUAUCAGAGCAGCCUCUUGGUACUCAGGAGUAUUCACACAAGUUUUUCAAGAGGAAAGUGGAUUGUACCGAGAGAAGAUGUUCUCCUUUGUUCAUCUGAGUGUUCAGGAGUUUCUUGCUGCUCUUCAUGUUUAUCUGACAUUUUUCAAUUCUGGAGUCAAUUUGAUGUCAGAAGGAACUUCAGUGUGGUCCAGACUGUUUAAAGCCAAACCUGAUUCACUAUCUCUCUACCAGAUG